AUGAAGGGCCUGAGCCUACUGUGUGCUGUUUCGGACGAAGACGUCUUCGGCCCAUUUGUGGACUCUUCGUGUCGCCAUGGCUUUGAUUUCACUCUUUUGUUCGAGGAGACAGUCCUCACAUUCCUGCCUCUUCUAAUCACCUCGCCUGUUGUUCUGAUUCGAUUAUGGAGCCUUCGAAAUGUAUCGGAGAAGGUCAACCGUUCAUGGUUCUAUUUCACGAAAGAGAUGGCUUCAUUCCUGCAUAUAACUCUUCAGUUUAUACUGCUAAUUUUGUGGUAUCAAUCAUCCACCCCCACGACAAGAGCAACUGUGCCAACAUCUUUCGCUGCGGUAGUGGUGUCGCUUUUUUGUCUGUACUUGUCACACUUGGAGCAUUUUCGCUCACUACGUCCCUCGACUACCCUGUGUCUCUUCCAUGGAUUUGCUCUGAUUCUUGACCUACCGCGUCUUCGAACUCUCUCCCUCUUGCCGGAUAAUCGGACUGUGACUAUCAUAUUUGCUGUCUCCUUGCUUUCCAGAGCUAGUGUUGUCAUCCUCGAGGCCACAGAAAAAAGAUCCCUGUUGAAGAAGCCAUUCUCCGAAUGCGCUAUUGAAGCCACUAGUGGAAUCUUCAAUCGCAGCCUGUACUUGUGGUUGAGCGGUCUGCUGUGGAAGGGCUCGAAAACCACCUUAACUGUCGACGACCUCCCUAUUCUCGAUGACGAUAUCAAGGGAGCCUCAAGUCCUGAGACUCUAGUUGACAAAUGGGACAAAGCCAACAAAUACGGCCGCAAUGCUUUGCUAUGGAUCUUUAUAAAACAUUAUAAAUGGGGAUUCCUUGGUGGCAUCCUGCCACGUAUGGCAUUUACUGGCUUCUUGUUCACACAACCGUUCCUUGUCCAAAGGGUGCUGGACUUCAUGACGGAGCCUGAACAUGUCAAUUCAGCAAACUACGCUCGUGGUCUUGUCGCGGCAUAUGGCAUCGUCUACGUGGGAAUUGCAAUUACACACAAUGUCUACCGUUCAAAGGUAUACAGGGUUAUUGCGAUGGUCAGAGGAAGCUUGGUAAGUAUGAUCUUUGACAAAACGCUCCGUGUGGGCUCAUCGGCUGCGUCAGAUGCAUCGGCGGUUACUCUGAUGAGCACAGACAUGGAACGCAUUGGAGAUGGUCUUCUCGAUAUGCAUGAAACGUACUCCAAUUUCGCAGAGGUUGUGCUCGCUCUUAUUUUCUUGGCGCGACUUCUUGGUCUUGCUACCAUCGCUUCUACAGUGCUCGUCAUCGCUUGUUUGGUUGCCGGAUUGCUUGUCUCUAUAGCCAGGGCUAAUGCUCAAGGCAUAUGGCUAGAGUUCGUUGAAGAGCGUGUUUCCGUGACUUCUAAGGUCCUCGGCGUCAUGAAAAAUGUCAAGAUGACAGGCUUGACGGACAUAGUUGCCAACAGUCUCCGGAAGCUGAGAAGAGAUGAAAUUGGAGCGUCGCAGAGGAUGCGAGUCAUUCGAGUCAUCAAUAAUACAAUUUCUUACAUCUCUGACGCGCUGGCUCCAGUAGUCGGCUUUGGACUCUAUAUCAUCCUUGCCAAGGCAAAUGGUGGACCUACGCUGACUAACGGAACUGCAUUUGCAGCAUUGACCCUUUUCUCUCUUCUCGAUGCACCAAUUGUCUCGAUUGUCUAUGGAACGGAAGAUUUGAUGACGGUUGUCAACUGCUUUCAAAGAAUCCAGAAAUACCUGAACGAAACCGAGCAAAAAGACCGUCGUUUAGAGCUGCCUGAAGAAGAACCGAUACUUAUUGACACGAAUGAGAAUGGGGGGAAAUCGUGUGUGACGGCUUCCCAUUUAUCUGUUGCAUGGGCAGUCGACGACGAGCCUAUCCUCAAGGACCUGAAUUUCGAUAUCAAACAAGGCAAUACGACUAUGAUAAUCGGCUCAGUGGGCUGCGGAAAGUCAACUCUCCUCAAGGUUCUGCUCGGUGAAGUCCAAGAGUGCUCUGGUCAGGUGUUCACAUCAUACAGAACUGCUGCAUAUUGUAGCCAAUCUCCAUGGGUCAAAUUUGGAACUGUUCAGGAGAAUAUUGUUGGGUCGUCUCUGUGGGAUAAAUCCUGGUACGAUCGUGUCGUCCACGCUUGUGCACUAGAGUUCGACGUGCAACAACUCCCAGCGGGAGAUCAGACCAAAGUUGGUGUUCGUGGAUCGAGGCUUAGCGGCGGGCAACAAAUGCGUGUGGCACUUGCUCGAGCUCUUUUUUCAAGAGAACCUGUUUUGAUCCUGGAUGAUGUCUUGACUGGACUAGAUCGUGAGACGGAGAAGCUCGUUCUAGACGCUGUUUUUGGGGCCCGUGGCAUUGUGAAGGAGCUCGGCCAAACCGUUAUUCUUGCUACAAACUCGAUACACCACAUUGCUUACUCUGACUUCAUUAUCUCGCUCAAUGAGCAAGGCCAGAUCGCCCAGCAAAUCUUAUCCAAAGAGCUUAUGGCGAAUAAAGAUUAUAUUGCCAUGUUCGACCACGCACCAGAGCAAGUCAAUACAGAUAGGGCACCAGAUGUUGUAUUCGAUGAUGAGCAGCUGCAAGAACUAAACCUAGAAGGCGAAGACACUGAUGAUCUCUGUCGAAGAACAGGUGACUGGACAGUCUACUUGUACUACUUCCAGGUCAUGGGAUACCCAUUGCUAUCCCUAGCAGUUGCAUGCUCCGUAUUCCAUAUUGCCGGGUCUACAAUUCCACAAAUCUGGCUACAAUUGUGGACUAGUGCCAAUGAAAAGCAUCCGAAUGCUGAUAUUCCGUACUGGCUCGGUGGCUACGCUGCUGUGGGAUUCUUGACUCUUUUCGCCGUCUUUUGCUCGAUCUUCCUUUUCGAUAUGCUCGUUAUUCCCAAGACGGCUCGCCAAUUUCAUGAAAUCCUUCUGGGUACAACGAUGAGUGCCACCACCUCUUUCUUAACAUCUACGGACAUUGGAACUACAACCAACAGGUUCACUCAGGAUCUGGAACUGAUUGACGAAGAGCUCCCAUCGGCUUUUGAGUUGGCAAUGGAUGAGGCUCUAAGCUGUCUCGUGGAAGGUUUCUUGAUCUUCUUCGGCUCAUCGUACGCCACGGCGGCAGUAAUACCCAUCUGCAUCAUCGCAGUCUACUAUGUGGCAACAUUCUAUGUUAAAACAUCUCGUCAAGUCCGUCUGCUAGAUAUUGAGACGAAAGCUCCGCUAUUCUCUCAUUUUCUGGAAACUCUGAGUGGCCUAUCCAGCAUUCGUGCUUAUGGAUGGACUGAAGAAUAUCGUCGUCUGAGCCGAUUUGCUCUGGACACUUCCCAACGACCAUUCUAUAUUCUCUUCUGCAUCCAGCGCUGGCUCAAUCUGGUUCUUGAUUUAAUCGUCGCUGCUAUCGCCGUCAUAGUCAUUGCAAUUGCGCUGUCUUUGAGAGGGAACUCAUCACUCAGCCUUCUUGGCAUUGCCUUGUUCAACAUUGUGAAUUUUAGCUAUACUCUACAAUCGCUGAUUUCCGAGUGGACUGGCCUUGAGACAUCAAUCGGGGCUGUUUCUCGUAUUCGCUCAUAUGUACGUGAUGCCAAAACCGAGGACUUGGAUACUGAGGUUCAGUCUGUCCCAAGCUCAUGGCCACUACACGGGGAGGUAGAGUUUAUCAAUAUGACGGCUUAUUACGAGACCUCUUUGUCGCCGGCCCUAGAAAGAAUCAAUUUGAAGAUUGCACCAGGACAGAAGAUCGCGAUCUGCGGUCGAACAGGAAGCGGGAAAUCAUCUCUCAUCUCGACAAUCCUGCGGACUCUUGAAAUUGACAGUGGAAGCAUCCUGAUUGAUGGUGUCAACAUAGCACUGCUUUCGAGGUCCCACAUUCGAUCUUCAUUGAACACGAUUCCCCAGCAGGCCUUCUUCCUCCACGGCAAUGUUCGGCUGAAUGCCAAUCCUCAACAAGAUUUAUCGGACGAGAAGAUCAUUGAUGCCCUCCAAGAAACCAACCUUUGGUCUCAUAUCGAAUCUAAAGGAGGGCUUGAUAUAGAGAUGUCCGAAGAGCUACUCUCCCAUGGACAGCAGCAGCUAUUCUGUCUCGCGCGGGCUAUUUGCAAAUCUAGCCAGAUUGUGAUUAUGGAUGAGGCCACAAGCAGUAUGGACUCGAAAAGCGAGAAACUCAUGCAGAGCGUCAUUCGCAAGCAUUUCAAAGACCAGACUAUCAUUGCCAUCGCACACAAACUGGACACCAUUCUGGAUUAUGAUAAGAUCGCAUUUAUGGACCAAGGUAGAGUGGUUGAGUUCGAUAAGCCUCAAGCUCUCUUGUCGAUGGAGGAAUCGGCGUUCAAGUCUUUGUACAAUAGCUUCUGCGAUCAGGCAUCAUGA